AUGUCGUCCACCGCAACACCCGCGCCCGCCUUGGACGCGGCCGAGUCACAGUCGCAGUCGCAGUCGCGGAAUGGCGUCAGACCGGCGCCUACGACAGGCUCGAAACGGGACUACAAGGGAUUUGUAGCUGGAGUGUUUUCGGGAAUUGCUAAGCUGAGUGUUGGUCACCCAUUUGACACAGUCAAAGUACGAUUACAAACGAGCAAAGACGGGCAUUUCAAAGGUCCGCUGGAUUGCGUGCUCCAGACGGUUAGGAAAGAAAGUGUUUCGGGUUUAUACAAGGGGGCGACGCCACCGUUAGUUGGGUGGAUGGUUAUGGACUCAGUAAUGCUUGGGUCCCUAACGUUAUACCGCCGUCUGCUACUUGAAAAUGUCUUCUCGAACCCUUCAAUACGUGCUAUGACUCCGUUUGCGAAGAACCAGUCUGACCUACAUACACUGCCGAGUUUCGGACACGGCAUUGCCGGUAUUAUGGCGGGCACGACGGUCAGCUUUAUAGCUGCCCCUGUUGAGCAUGUCAAGGCACGGCUUCAGAUCCAGUACGCAGCUGAUAAGUCGAAGCGGUUGUACAGCGGGCCGAUAGACUGCACGCGCAGAAUCCUUAGCGCCCACGGCAUCAGCGGCCUCUACCGUGGCCUCUGUGCAACAAUCCUCUUCCGCUCCUUUUUCUUCUUCUGGUGGGGCUCCUACGACGUUCUGACGCGUCUGAUGAAAGAGCGAACUUCCCUUUCAGCACCGGCAAUAAACUUCUGGGCCGGUGGUAUCUCGGCCCAGAUCUUCUGGAUCACGUCGUAUCCGUCGGACGUGGUGAAGCAGCGGCUCAUGACGGAUCCGAUGGGCGGGACGCUUGGCGACGGGGAACGGAAGUUCCGGUGGUGGAAGGAUGCGGCGAAGGCAGUAUAUCGGGAGAGAGGCUGGAAGGGCUACUGGAGGGGCUUUGUGCCUUGCUUCCUCAGAGCGUUCCCGGCUAAUGCGAUGGCGCUGGUUGCGUUCGAGGGGGUGAUGAGAUGGCUACCUUAA